UACAAUCAAAGGUCACGAACUACAAUAGUUUUCUCCGUCAGCGAGCGCAUUUUAAACAUUUAUAUAAAACAUAUAACAAUCUUAAUACAAUUUUAUACUAACAUUUUUUUAGGCUCUCGUAAUCCAUCGGGGAAUCAUGAGGAUCCCUACGAUGAGUUGGAUUUUCUGAUUGACGGGUACGGUCGGCCGAUUCAAGAAGAUCCUUAUGAGGACGAUUUCGUGAUGACCCAUCGUCGUUUUAAGGAACGUGCAGCCGCCGCGUUUGAAGAGGAUAUGGCGGAAUUGAGACGCAAGCGACGGGAUAUGCAGGAUCGCAUCUUCGAUGUGAUCGAUUUGAACGCCGAGAUCGAGAAGGCGAAGUGCACGUUGGAGGCUGCCGAUGUCGCGUUUCAGCGACACGCGACCAAGUUCGACAACCAGAACAAUGACGAGGAGCAGACGGCGAUGCUGACGCAGAAGCUCGACAAAACGCGCAAGAUCGCCAACGUCGAUCUGACGCCGGAAAAACCGAAGCCCAAAACUUUCUUCAUUAAACUGCCCACGAUGCAGGCCGAAGAAACGGAAGCUGUUCAACCCGUUUCUAAGUCGGGAAAGCGUGUGAUCAACUCGUUGAUCGGCACCAACGAGAUCGUCGAUCCGAUGGAGGCUAUUAUGUUGCAGCCGAUAAAGCGGAAACUUAUGAAGAGAAAGAAGAGCGUUUCGUUUUAAAAGAAUGUUCUGUCGAAUUGCUGCAUACAGUUUUUUUAGAUGUGUAAAAUUUAAAGAUUUUGAAGAAAAAUAUUCUUGAGAAACUUUCGUGAAAACAAUUUGAGAAAACAUUUAUCAAUAAUUUUUCAACUAAAUUUACAAACCAAAAAGUUUAAAAAAUAACGUUUCUGCUUUUAUAAUUGUGUAUUGAAAAUCAACUCCGUAUCUUGUAAUAGAGAGAGAGAGAGAGACACAAAAAUAGCUAUGUAAUUUUUAAUAAAUAUAAG